AAAUAUUACAUUAGUUUUUGUUAAAAACUUUAGAAAGAUGUUACUUUUUUUAAUAACAAUAUACUUAUUUCAUUUGCCGAUUUUUUUCAGUUUAACAUUAACUGAGUUUUCUCAAUGUCCUCAAUACACUGAUUUAUCUCAAGGAAAUGGAACUCAGUUUUAUGGAAAAAAAUGGUAUUUAUACAAAACAUCUGAUGACUCAGAACGAGAAUGGGAUUGUGCCGUAUUUCAAUUUACGGGAAAGAAAACCAUAGAGCAAAUGAUAACAUUCGGGAAAUCACCACCAUCUACAGCAACUUUAACAAACUUUUACUUAUUGAACGCAACGGAUACGUAUGCAGUAACAUUAGAAUGUAUAAACAUGAUCGUUUUUCACAUAAAUAAGAUCCAUGUUUAUACAAGUAAACCACACCCCGAGAACAUAACAAGUUUUGAAAAUGAUGUUGCCGACACACUGAAAUCCAAUGAUAUAUUAAUUACUUUAAAGGAAACGAGACAUGAUUGCGAAUACGUUUCAAGAAGAAAGAAAAAAAAUUAGAUGAUUAAGUUGUUAAAUUUUUUAAUUUUUUGAACACAAGUUUUUAAGAGAAAACGACCACAAGGAAGAAAUCAAUACACACUCACGAAAC